AGGCAAUAUAUUAUAAAAGACCGUUUCUGCGCCAGUCGUAGAGUGCGAAAGUCACUGGUGAAGCCCUGUCAGGAUGUUGAUCUCUCUCGGUACGACGCCGUGUGUGGCUCUCCUGGUGUUGCUCAUGGUCCACGGUUCUUCAACAUAUUAUGGCAGCAAGAAAGCCAGGAAGGACAGGAUGAUCGGUGCUAAGAGGGAUGAAGGCUGCUCGAGCAACCAGCUGGCCUGUGGGGGUAAAGUUUUUGGAUGUAUCGAGUCCACAUGGCUCUGCGACAGUCAGAAAGAUUGUGAGGACGGUUGGGACGAGAAGAACUGCACUGCUGGCUGUACCGGCCCCAACAAGUUCAGCUGUGACGACGGUGACUGUAUUCCUGCCGACUACGUUUGUGACCAGUCUAAUGACUGCGCAGAUUCCUCCGACGAGAAAAACUGUCCUACAAUUAGCAGUUGUAGAGAGGACGAGUUCUUGUGCAAAAGCAGCGAUGGGUGUGUCCCUGGUAAAUAUAGGUGUGACCACUUUGAAGAUUGCCGGGACGGGUCGGACGAGAUUGGCUGUAGUCAUGGUAACGGUACAUGUCCCAUGACAGACGACUUCCUGUGCGCCAAUUCAGUGUGUGUCAUCUCCCUCUUCUACUGCGACGGGAUCGACGACUGCGGAGAUGAGAGCGACGAGCGAAACUGCACCUGCACCAAUGGAGAGUUCCCCUGCACGUCAGGCGGUUGUAUCCCCGAAGAACUUCGCUGUGACGGCUUCUUUGACUGCGGAGAUAACUCUGACGAGCAAAACUGCCCGGAUAUCCACCCGGGGGCGUGCGGUGAUAAGUUGACACUGGCCGACUGUGCUCACAUGAACGAAACCACGUACCCCAUCUGUCUGGAGGAGGCCGAUGGCUACAAGUAUUGUAGAGAGUUUUGUGGUCUCUGCGACCAGAGCUAG